AUGCGCUCCACCGCGCUGGCCCCAGAAGUUCGCUGCCUUUGUCAUAUUCCCAGAGCUUGGUGAGUUUGUUCUUGGGACCCAUCUCCUGUGCACUCCGUCAGGGUGGUGGCCACCCGGGGGAGCCGUUCCAUGCCGAGUCGGGGCUGGAGCGCCCCCAUCUCUCACGCUCCGGCCCGAACCCCUCCUGCGGUUGCAAGACCAGCGAGUCCCAGGGAUGCUGCCCCCGGGCUUCCAGGCCCCCGCGCCCUGAGCGAGCCAGGCUCCCGAGGGGGACCAAACCUGCCCCGACCGACACCUUCCAGAAGGUCCCCCCAGACACCUGGCCCGAAGGACCACGAGGGCUCGGGGACUUCUGCCUGUUCGGACAGAGAUCCGAAUUUGGGGCGUAGAUCCGACUCUUUGUCCGGGGGAAGGAACGUGGUAACCAUGGAUACAGAUUUGGCUGAAAUGCCGCAAAGGAGAGCUCUGUCUUCCCAGGAUUCUUCCCUUCCCCAAGAGAGGAGCACAGAAGAAGCAGCAGCUCUAUGCCUAACUGCCAGAUCCCAGGAAUCAAUGACAUUCAAGGAUGUGGCCAUGGAUUUCACCCCAGAGGAGUGGGGAAAGCUGGACCCUACACAGCGGGAUGUGAUGCUGGAGAACUAUAGGAACCUGGUCUCACUUUGGCUUCCAGUUUCCAAAGCUGAGAACUACGGUCUAGAGAAUGGAAAAGAACCGUGGAUGCUUGAGAGCAAAAGCCCUAAAAGCAGUUAUUCAGACUGGGAGGCUAGACCUGAGCGCAAAGAAUCAACUUCAGUGCAAGAUUUUUCAAAAGAAGAGUCAUGCCAGGUUGCAACAAUAGACAGACUAACGAGGAGUAGUGUUUACGACUCCAACUUGGAAACCACUCUUGAAUGUGAACAUUGGUUAGAGAAUCAGCAAGGAAAUCAGGAGAGACGUUUGAGAGAAAUGAUCACCCAUAGGAAUCCACUACCCAGGGAAAAAGCUCAUGAACAAGAUAUAUAUUGGAAAAAUUUCCGUCAGAAGUCUGCCCUUAUCACUGAAGACAGAGUUCCCAAAGGAUCAUACACUUUUAAUAGACUUGAAAAAAGAUCGAAUCGGAAAUCAAACUUAAUUAAAAGGCAGAGAAACUAUAAAGAGAAAAAACCUCAUAAAUGCAAUGAUUGUGGUGAAUUAUUCACUUACCAUUCAGUACUUAUUCGGCACCAGAGAGUUCAUACUGGAGAGAAACCUUAUACUUGCAAUGAAUGUGGGAAAUCUUUUAGCCACCGAGCUAAUUUAACUAAACACCAGAGAACUCAUACCAGAAUUCUCUUUGAGUGCAGUGACUGUAAGAAAACUUUUAUAGAAAGCUCAUCCCUUGCUAUACAUCAGCGAAUUCAUAUUGGAGAGAGACCUUAUGAAUGCAGUGAGUGUGGAAAAGGCUUUAAUCGAAGUACCCAUCUUGUUCAGCAUCAGUUAAUCCAUACUGGAGUGAAACCUUAUGAAUGUAAUGAAUGUGAUAAGGCUUUCAUUCAUUCAUCAGCACUCAUCAAACAUCAAAGAACUCAUACUGGGGAGAAACCCUAUAAAUGUCAAGAAUGUGGGAAAGCAUUUAGCCAUUGUUCAUCUCUUACUAAACACCAGAGAAUUCAUACUGGAGAAAAGCCCUAUGAGUGCAAUGAGUGUGGGAAAACCUUCAGUCAGAGCACACAUCUUGUUCAGCAUCAGCGAAUUCACACUGGAGAAAAACCUUAUGAGUGUAAUGAAUGUGGAAAGACCUUCAGUCGGAGUUCAAAUUUUGCUAAACAUCAAAGAAUCCAUAUUGGAAAGAAGCCCUACAAAUGCAAUGAAUGUGGAAAAGCCUUUAUUCAUUCUUCAGCUCUUAUUCAACACCAGAGAACACAUACUGGGGAGAAGCCCUAUAGAUGUAGUGGAUGUGGGAAAAGCUUUAAGUGCAGUUCUUCUCUCAUCAGACAUCAAAGAAUUCACGCUGAAGAGCAACCCUGAGAAGACACUGAAUGUGAAGAAGUGUAAGUCAGUCGUACCAUUGUGUUAAAUAUGAGGGGCUUCAAAAUUCAUGGAAAAUGGAAUUAAAAGAGUGGAAUUUUCUCACAAGCUUUUUUGAAGCCCCAUCUUCCCUGAGUGUGUAGUUGAGAAUAAUAAAAUACUACUUUAGGGCCAUUUCUGUAUACAUCUAGUUUCAUUUGCAUAAUACAUAGUUUUGAGCCAGAGACAAAUGUUCCUUGUAAUCAUUGACUAUGUAUGGAGCCCCUAAGUGUUGGUCUGCCAACUUCGAGGUUAGUAGUUCGAACCCACUAGAAGUGCUUCAUGAGAAAGAUGAAGUUGUCUACUCCUAUGAAGAUUUACCAUCUCAGAA